ACAGGCGUGUUUACGCGCCGAGAAGGCGGAGGGCCGGUCAAGAUGGCGGUGGCCGCGCUGCUGCUGGUGUUCCCGUCUCCUUUGCCGAGGAUCCAAGGCUUCCUCCGAAGCUGCUGGUCCCAGCUCGGCUGCCGCAGCCCGCCUUGGGCUCCUGCUUUAGCAAUUCAGGGUCCAGCUUUUUUGCCUGAACCUAUAGAAGAGAAUGCUGAAAGUAAGGAGACUCCAAGCUUUCUAGACAGCAUAUUUUGGAUGGCAGCCCCAAAAUCAAGGCGGACCAUUGAAGUAAAUCGCUGCAGGCGAAGGAAUCCUAGGAACCUUAUAAAAAUAAAGCGAAACAUUGAUGUCUGUCCUCAGUGUGGCAACCUGAAACAGAAGCAUAUUCUUUGUGGCUAUUGUUAUGCAAAGGUUAAACAGGAGACAAUUGCCAUAAGGAAAGAAAUAGGGGCGCAGGAGGGAGGACCACAUAAGGCUCCAUCUACAGAGACUGUUGUACUGUAUGAGGGAGAGAAAGCCAGAGAUGAAGAUGAAGGCAAGCGGAUCAUAGAACGAACAAGGAAGCGCCCAUCUUGGUUCACACAGGACUGAUUAUGUAGCACA